CAUUCAUUCCUUCCCCUAGAAAUUUUCUAUUUGAUUUAGGAAGGAACGAACAAUGCUUGAUCCCAUCCUCUCAAAGGAUGUGUUGAUAAUGCCUUGUAAAGGAAUGUUGAAGGCAUGUGCUAUGUCUCUGCCAGAUCUUUGGAACAGUCGCUGUUGCUUAAAUGAGAUUGAAGGCUUUGAUCACUCAAUAGUAAAUACUAUAGGUGCAUGUGGUGAAUUCAGGUUCCAAAAGAGGGACCUUGUCUGCCCUUUCCUAUCUGGCAGUGUGGAGCUCAGUGAGAUAUUUACUUUAUUGGAGUUUGAUUGCUCAAACCCAAUUAGUCCAUGUUAUGGACAAGUGCAGGAGAAUUCACCAGCUAGUUUACAGCAUGAUGUAACUUCUCUUGUCCAUCCAUUCUGCUGGAUCCAUAUACUUGACAUCAAAGCUAGGACUUGUUAGCCCAUUAUGCAUCUUGCAAAUUAAUUAAACAUAUAAGAUCAGUAGCAAGUAAUAUAAACCAUGAUGGAAGCCAUCUUUUUAUGCUUAAAUUAACAUAUCUUGCACAU